AUGGCGGUGUUCAUGAUAAACAUCUGUAAAUAUAAUGGCUGUGGUAUAACUUUUCCCAGAUUAAAUGAUUUGAUCGAACACAUUGAAGAUGUACAUAUCGAUUUAGAUCCAGCAGUAGUGGAGCAAAAAGAAGCGUCUCAGCCAGCAUGCAUACCGCUGAGUUAUGUUUUGAAAUUCAUUACGGAGGCUUCAAGGCGAGAGAAUCAAACUACUGCCCCUGCACCUGAUGUUCGCCGCCGUCUUUUGUCUGUGCCGAAAACACCAUCAGUUCGCAGCAGCACACCUACCGGAAGCGAGAUGGAUGAAGACGAGAUGCUCAGUCCUUCGGAAGACAGUAACGAUUCCUGGACUACGGCAGAAGAAUACAGUUCGGAGUUCAUCUUGCGUUACGGUGUCAAAAUGAAUGCAAGUGCGUCAUCUGGAGCAUUAGGACUGGCCGCGCAGGAGAAGCCGUUUGCUUGUCCAGUACCUGGCUGCAAGAAACGCUACAAAAACGUCAACGGCAUCAAGUAUCACUCCAAGAACGGACACAAGAAGGAUGGCAAGGUAAAAAAGGCCUACAAAUGCCAAUGCGGCAAAAGCUACAAAACGGCGCAAGGGCUUAAGAGCCAUUCGAUCUCGCAGCACAUCGCCGCAAGCUCGCCAUCGACUUCCGACCACAAGCUUCACCUGCCGAAGAUGCCCGGGCUCGUAGUCACCAGCUCGCCAGCUCAGCGCACCAUCAACCUCAUCGACGCCGUCGACGGUAACAAAUUAGUCCGUAUCUACGAUACCAUCAAGACCAAGGACCUCCCGGCGUUCACCAUCCCGAAACACAAUCUUACCAGUCUGAACAUCGUGAGCGCGAGUCAGGCGCGCGUGGCGCAUCCGGGGCUCCUGACCCCGAGCUCCACGCCGGGCUCGAGCCCCGUCGACAAGAUAAAGUUGGAGCGGUCCCCCAAGGUGACCGUCCAGACUGCACAACAACUCCCACAUCUCACCAACAUAUACGGGAGUGAGGUUAACAACUAA